AUGGACAGCCUGCUGCCGAGGGCGAGGAAAGCUGCUGUUGCAGUUGGACCUCCUGUAGCCAUGUGCUACUGGCCGAGCCCACUCGGCUCCUCCGCACCAGGUGCCGUUUGCUCUCUCGCGCCGCCCUUUGCCGGUGCUGCCAGCCUGUGCCAUCUGGGCCGGUGCGGCGCCCCUCGUGGCGAGCGGCGGCGGUGGCGCGGCCUCGACGGGGGCGAGGGCGUCGACGGCUGCGCCGCUUCGGCGGGGGGCGGGGGUGCCGCUCGGCAGCGCGGCCUGGGUGGGGAGGCUGCGAGGGGGGCGAGGGCGGGAGUGGUGGCCGCGGCGGAGGUGCGGCGCGGGCCUGCUGGAAGAGGAGCAUCGGUGCUUCCCGCCGAGGCGGUGCUCGGCAGCGCGGCCUGGGCGGAGGCUAGGACGGCGGCGGCGCUCGGCGUGGACGAGGGCUGCGGCGGCGACGCGACGCGCGAGCGCGAGAAGGUUCUGGGAUUUCGGGUCGCAACGAAAUUGGGCGGAAUCGGAUUCGAUCCGUAA